AAGUCGAGCGCCACUAGACGCUUCGCUCAGUCUACGAGCAGACAUGCAGGUGUUUUGUUGGGGAGACAGUUCGAGUGGACAGUUUGGGGUCCAGGCAACCCUUAGCCCGGUUUCCUGGACCGGGCCUGGAGUUGUAACCAACAUCUGCUGCGGAGAGCAGCACACCUUAUUCCUCAGGGCAGACGGAAAAGUUUUAUCAUGUGGACACAACUCGCAGGGCCAACUUGGACGAAGGAACCAAAAUGGAAAGAUGCUUGGACCUGUGGAGGGACUUGGUGAUGUUGCCGCCAUGGCUUGUGGUCAGAACCAUUGUCUGGCAUUAUGUGCUUCUGGACAAGUGUUUUCUUGGGGGGCAGGAGAUGAUGGACAGCUUGGGUUUGCAACAGGGCUCCCCUGCAACAACCGGAGACCAAACCGAGUACCCAUACCAAUGCCCAUACCAGUAAUCCAGGUGGCUUGUGGAAACUCCCAUUCCCUCGCAUUGACCAAAGGAGGAGACGUCUUCUCCUGGGGUUUAAACAGUCAUGGCCAGCUGGGCUUGGGGAAGGACAUGACACUGCAGCAGACACCCCUCCUGGUGUGCGCCUUGACCGGAGUUGCAGUAACCCAGGUUUCAGCCGGAGGAAACCACACACUGUUCCUCACGCUCUCUGGUCUGGUGUACUGCUGUGGGGCCAAUAAAUCUGGUCAGCUGGGGCUCAACAGGGUAGAUGAAAAAGGCAGGUUCAACGUUUGCAUGGUACCUGCUCUCAGACCUCUGGGCGUCUCUUCCAUCAGCUGUGGAGAAUCGCACACUGCUGUGUUGACGAAGGAUGGGAAAGUUUUCACUUUCGGAGAUGGGAGCCACGGUCAGCUUGGUCACAACUCCACCACCACCGAGGUUCGGCCCAGGCUGGUUGAUGGUCUCAGAGAGACGGCAUCCCAGGUUGCAUGUGGGAGACGCCACACUCUUGUGUUGACUUCUUCUGGAUGUCUGUUUGCUUUUGGUAAUGGGGACAAAGGCCAGCUGGGGACAGGACAACGAGACAGCAGCCCGUCCCCGUCCCUGAUACAGCUUCCAUGGCCCUCUGACAGUGCUGCUGCCACACCUAGUGACUUGAAGUUAUCAACUGGAUGGGACACAAACUUCAUUUACACUUCACCUGCAAAUACCUUCAGCCAUGGACAGAUAAUUGGGCGGCUGGAUGAGACAAAACUGCAAAAGUGGGUGGCAAUGAAGUACAGCAACAUCCAGGCAAAAAGAGAAAUCGAGUCGAUGUUUUACACAAGUUCAAGUCUUGUUGCAAGUUUCACAAAACCUGAAGGGCCUCCGCUGGAAGCUGGUGCUCUAACUGUGGACCUGGAGGCUGCAAGUCAAGCCUUCGACCAGAUGUUGGCAGUCCCAUGGAUCAAGCAAACAGUAAAUUUGCAGCUCCUUACAGAAUUGCUCUUUGCCUCAAGACGUCCUUUAAAAUCUCCAGAGAUUCUCCUGAUUUUGCUGACAUGUCCGCUGCUGCAAGAAGACUCGAGCGUCAUGAAUUUGGCUUUGCCUCUGGCUGUCAUGAUUGAGGAUCUCAGUGAGAAGACUCUGGAAACUUUAAGAAGCUAUUGGUCGUCUUUGUCAGCCACCAUUUUGAUCAGGCACAUCAUGGUCUUCAAAAACGCUCUGGCUUUCAUUCUGAAGAACUGUCUGUUGCAAACCCACAACCCAGGAGCCAAACUGCUGCUGAAAGCCCUGAAGCUCCUUUACAAAGCAAACAAAUGUGGGAAGUCUUACAAAGUCCCAUUGAGCACCUUUUAUGUCGAGGAAAUCCCUAUCGCUCUUAAUGCACUUGAGGAUGUCGCUCUUUGGUUGUCGUUUUCCAAAAUAGAGGACGACGAGCAAACGCCCACCAUUUUCUGCCGCUACCCAUUCGUUUUCCCUCUGAUUUGUAAAGUUGCUGUCUUCAACAUCUUGGCACGUGUGAUGAAGGAAUCUCAUCAUGUUGUACGUGAAAUGGGUUUGCCGUUCCCUGACGAGUUUCUUGGAAACACCCUGGACUCCCCCGUCCCGAUCCUGCAGCUGAACCUGAGACGAACUCACCUGAUGGAGGACACCUUCAGACAUCUCGCUGCAGCCGAUCACGCUGCAUUUAAGAGAGAGCUUGUGGUGCAGUUUGUAGAGGACAGGAAGAUCAUGAACGUCAACAAAACAGAUUUUUUCCUCCAUGUGUUUGAUGAGCUUAUGGCUCCUGAAUCUCAAAUGUUUAUGUACAACGAGAGUCAGACUCUGGCUUGGUUCCCACCCAAG